CGUCGCCGUAUAAAAACCGUCGAAUGGAUGAUAUCAACCACAUUCAGACUCAUCUCCUCAUGGCGGGUACAACCAUGAAGUCACUUCUCAUUGUAGUGUUAGUCAUCUCCGCCGUCGUCGCGGAAACGCCAGAAAGAAAACAUGAAAAACGUGGCGUUUUACACAAUUCGGUCUACACCGGAGGAUCUGGCAGUUUUGCGCAUCAUGGACCGAGUAUUCCCAUUAGCCACGGCGAAAUUGUGCAUCAUGGAUACGGUCAUGGAUACGGUCAUGGAUACGGUCAUGGAUACGGUCACGGAUACGGUGAAUAUUUGCACGGUCACGGAUACGGUGAAUAUUUGCAAGGUCAAGGAGUGUACGCGUCAAGUUUCGGCCUCGGAUACAAGCCCGUGCACCACAUUCACAAACAGAUCGUGAAUCGCGUGGUACCAGUUCCGUAUCCCGUGCCCCAUCCCGUUCCCGUGACGCGCAAAGUUCCCGUGCCGGUGCCACAUCCCGUACCCGUCGAAGUAAAACGUCCGGUCCCCGUACCAGUACCUCAACCAUACCCGGUCGUCGUCACCAAGGCUAUCCCGAUCACCGUUCCGCGCCCAGUUCCAGUACCAGUUCCACAGCCCGUGCACGUGCCUCAUCCCGUGCCACAUCCGGUUCCAGUUCCGCACCCUGUUUCCGUGGCGGUUCACUCUCCAGCUCCGGUCUCAGUCCAAUCUUUCCCUGAACCGAGUCACUCUCUGCCGAUCGGUCCCGCCGUCGCGUUCACCCCACCCCAAUCAAUUGAAAUCGGAGGAGCUAGUAGUGGUGCUUUACUGGAAAGCGGAAACAUUGAAUUCUCUGUGCUCGGCGGCCUCAGUUCGGCGGUGAACGAUCCCGCUAAUAAUGUUAUCGGCCACGGGGGUGCAGAGCUUCACCUCGAGCCCUCGAGCGAGGGAUACUCGUAUCCAAUACCGGCGAAAAAAUUCCUCUAAGCUGAGCAUCCCGAAGAAGACAUCUAUCGCGUGCGACGUUUCGAUCCGCGCACGCCGAUGCGAUACAUCUACCGUUUUCGAAAUCUCGCACAGCAACUGGCCGGCUCCGAGUCACGCCACACCCAUUUAUCCUGCGUUUCACUUGAUAUUUAUGGACUCGCACACACACAUAUACACAAAGAGUUUGCGAGGAGAAUCGUUGUGACCCCGAUUAAAAUUCCGCCGAAAACCGUAGCGAAAUGAAAGAGAUCGAGAGAAAUGACGUAUAUAUCAGCAUUUACUUUCGCGCUUUCGACAAGAAUGACUACAAGGGAACGGAGAAGGAAGGAGGGAUGAUGCAUUUUGAAGGCGUGAAAGUAACACGACGCGCUAAGGUCCGAGGAAAGAGAUGAAUAAUCAUGCGAAGUGAACGAGCGAGCGCGCGAUGGAGAUAAGAAAUACGAGAAUUUAUUCAAUACUUCCUGUUAUGGUAAUCCGGCACAGAUAGAAAAGAAGAUUGCUAAUAAUUCUUUGAAGAUAUAUCUCGCUUGCAAAACGUUCUCGAGUCUUAGUCGUAUUCCAAACGGAAUGAUACAAUCAAACGCGGAGAGGAAUAUUUGUGCGCAUUUAUAUACAUCACAAUUUCAUUCAUGAAAAUGUUAACCACAGAAAUCGUCUCGCUUUAAUCACGCUUAAUUCACAAGUUUAGAUAAUAAAUCGAUUUGCGAAGAAAAUUAUACUCGUAAGCGCAAAAGUGUAAAAAGCUGUGUGAACUGUUAUAGCUCGUAGAAAAAUAAAUUGUCAACUGUCUGGUUAA